AUGAGCGUCGAAAAACGAAGACUGGUGGAGGAGUUGCACGCGCCCGCGAGGAGAAACUUCCCGCGUCGUCGCGUCGCAGUGCGCGGAUACGACGAUCUGUGGCAGGCGGAUAUGGUCGAGAUGCGUCCUUACGCGAGAUUCAACAAAGGUCACAACUACAUACUCACCGUUAUCGACGCGUUGAGCAAAUACGCAUGGGCCGUACCGCUCAAGAGCAAGAGCGCCAGCAAGGUCACUCGAGCGUUAUCUAAGAUAACGCGAGAAUCUAAACGGUGUCCGAAAAAUCUACAGACCGAUAAAGGAAAAGAAUGCCGAAAUGCGAAAGUUCGCGGGGUGAGAAGCACGGGGUGA